UUAAGAUGUUGUACAUAAUAAUGCAUCAGCGGCUUAAAACGGGAAAGCCGGGAGCAUUGUGCGAACCCAUGAAAGUGGAGACAUCGUGUGCUCUCACGGCAUUUUGACAGAAAUUCAAGUUACGUAUUCCCAUUUCACCUUGUGCUACUGUUAACCAAAGUAGGUAUCCGUACGCGUUAGUCUCCUAUCUAUACAUUAAUAUUGUAAAGGUCUAGUCCGAUGUAUCGUCCCACCAAUUCUAAGACUAAACCGAGACGAGACAGGAGCGACGGCUCCUUUUUUACAAGUGAGCUCCGGUGGCGGGCCUUAAGCGGGUAGGCGGGGAGCCCAGCCCCGGAAUUGUAUCUUCUAACCGCCUUUAAAUAUGGACCCCCUAAGAUAAAGACCAUCAGCUCGAGUCAACCUAGCUGUCUGCGUAUCCUUGCGUAUCUUAAGUUCCCAAGGUGUCAUGUUAUCAAGAUAAGUUUGUCUAUCUUGACAACUUCAAAAUACUAACCAUGAUAAACCUCGAGCUGUCCGAAACAACACUUCUACAGUAAGAAAAUUUUGUCGCGCUCUCGUGCCGGAUGAGUUAUUGCCGAAGUCUUGCUUCUUGUUGUUCAACCUCGCUAGCCGCUUGUCUUACCAGGCUUGCUUUUCUUGUUUAUCAUUGAGUAGCACGCCGAGGGACAACUUCGUCCUUCGGAGUUCAUCAGAGUUCUUCAAAGUCAUCUAAGAGACCGCAAAAAUGUCACAUUCGAAACCGAUCCCGCAGACGAGGAGGGGGCUGGAUAUCGCUUCGUCCUUCACAUCUGCUUCUCCCAUAGCACAAGAGAUAUUAGCUAGAGAUAUCGCGGAAUGCUCCGAGGACGAGGCUAUUGAGAAUGUAUUUGACGACGAUGAGCCUGAAUCAGAGUCUGAGCCGGAAAGCGGGCCUGUCUUAUACACACAGCCUGCUGGGGUUGCUUUUGGAUUUAGAAGGCCGAGCUUAGUAAAUGAUCCUUUGAAUGAGCCCGUUCUCACGAGGAUCGAGAAGAAACAAUCUCGCAAUGCUGAGCGCAGUCUGCUGAGGGAUAACCACAUUCUCCCGCCGAAACAUACUCCAGAAGAACGGCCCGGGAUGCUCUCAACUUUGUAUAAGGCUCUUUUUAGCACCAAGGUCCGCAGAACACCAGGAGAUGAGGAGGUUCCGAGAAUCACGGUCCAGCCCUCGGAAUCUUCGCCUUUACUAGUUGAUAGACCUAGCUCCUCAGCUUUGCCCAAUGGGCGUCUAAAUGGACAAUGGGAGGCCGCCGUGGCCUCGGGGAAGAUCGAGACCACAUGGCAGAGAGAAGCGCAGACGAUUGCGAUUUACUCGCGGUCGCUGAUCUUGACGUUCCUGUUGCAAUAUAGUGUCAACAUUGCUAGUAUAUUUGCUGUUGGGCGAAUCGGAAAGAUUGAGCUAGGUGCCGUUAGUUUGGCUACUAUGACAGCAAAUAUUCUUUGCUAUGCCCCCAUGCAGGGACUGGCAACGAGUCUAGACACUCUGUGUGCCCAGGCCUAUGGCUCUGGUCACAAACAGCUAGUAGGCCUACAACUCCAACGGAUGAUAUAUUUCUUAUGGACGCUUGUUGUCCCGGCGGCCGUACUUUUCUUCUUCGCUGAGGAUAUACUCCUCCACAUAGUACCUGAUCCGCGCUCUGCUGAACUAGCGGGUCUUUACCUUCGAAUUGUGACCGUAGGUGUGCCUGGUUUUGCUGCGUUCGAAGCAGGAAAGCGGUUUGUUCAGUCGCAAGGACUAUUCGUUGCAACGACCUACGUCCUGUUGAUUGCCGCCCCCUUGAAUAUUCUCGUUAACUGGCUCUUGGUAUGGCACUUCGGGUGGGGAUUUAUCGGUGCCCCUAUUUCAGUUGCGAUAACGCAAACACUAAUGCCUCUCCUGCUACUUGCGUAUGUGGUGUUUGUGGACGGGUCACAAUGCUGGGGAGGUUUCACCCGUCGCGCUCUUACGAAUUGGGGGCCGAUGAUUAAGCUCGCAUUACCCGGGAUGAUUAUGGUGAUGGCCGAAUGGUUCGCCUUCGAGAUCCUUACGUUGGCAACAAGCCAAUUCGGGACAACGUACUUGGCGGCGCAGAGCAUUUUGGUUACAUUGACGUCAACAACCUUUAUGAUCCCUUUCCCCGUAUCCAUCGCGGCAUCAACCCGAGUAGCUAACCUAAUAGGGGCGGGGUUAAUCAACGCAGCCAAGACGUCAGCCAAAGUGGCUUUCUGGGCGGGAUGUCUCAUUGGACUGUUCAAUUUGUGCUUGCUUGCAGGUCUCCGCUAUCAACUUCCUCUGCUCUUUACGCAAGAUGAAGAAGUCAUCGGGAUGGUGGCGACAGUCAUGCCGCUGGUUGCGUGCAUGCAGGUCUUUGACGGCCUCGCAGCCGUUGCACAUGGGCUACUUCGUGGGAUUGGAAAGCAGUCAUUCGGCGGUUACGCAAAUUUGUCGAUCUACUACAUUAUUGCGUUGCCCAUUUCGUUUGCGACUGCUUUCCUCCUCGACUGGAAGCUCACCGGCUUGUGGUUAGGCACCACAAUAGGACUGGCUCUCGUCGCCUCUGUCGAGUACUGGUACACUUACAUUUCGGACUGGGAACAGUCGGCUCGAGAUGCAGAGCAUCGGAAUGCGGCAGGUUGAUAAGAUAAUGUAUGCAGUGUAUUACAUGCUUCAUUUUCUGUCACUUUGCGCGAUUUGUCGGCGCCUAGAUGUAUGUACGUAUGUACGUAUGUAUGUAUGUAUGUAUGUAUGUACCUAUAGGGCGCAGUAUCACGGCAGAAGGUUUCAAUCCGAGAGUUCAAGGUUUAGAUGCAAGC